CAUGUAGCCCAGGUUGUCCUGCAACUUCCUGUGUGGCUGAAGAUGCUCUUGAAUUCCUGGUCCUUCUCCAUCAGCCUCCCAAGUACUAGGCAUAAAGGGCUGUGUCAUUACACUAAUCUAGUACAUUCCCAUCAUUAUCAUUUAAUGCAAGUGGGUUCACAUCCGUGCGGUUUCCACGAAUGACAAAUGCUGCCCGUCCUAAACGCCAUAUAUUUUUAUCUCCAGUAUUCUUUGUGACAGACACUGACUGCCCCUGCAUUUCCGAGGUCACUAAGACCCACACAGACUCCCCACAGCUCUCACAGAUGGAGGUCUCUGUGCCUAUCCCCACUGCCAACCGCUCCUCAGUGCUGGAGUUCGUGCUUCUGGGGGUCACCGACAAGCGCGGGCUCCAGCUCCUCCUCUUCGGGGUCCUUCUGGUCACCUACACGCUGACCUUGCUGGGCAAUCUGCUCAUCGUCGCCCUCACCUUGGCAGACCGCCGCCUGCACACCCCGAUGUACUUCUUCCUACGCCACUUCUCGCUGCUGGAGGUGGGUUUCACGUCCACUGUGUCUCCUCAGUUGCUGGCACACUUGUUGGCGGCGCGCGGGGCCAUCUCCCGCCACCGCUGCUUUGCACAGAUGAUUCUCUACUUUACCCUGGGCGCGGUGGAGGCCCUGCUGCUGGCCGUGAUGUCCACCGACCGCUUUCUGGCCAUCUGCAGGCCCCUGCGAUACCCCGCCCUCAUGACACCCCGCGUCUGCUCUUCCUUGGUGCUGGCCUGCUGGGCAGUCACCCUCCUGGCCCUGCCUGGGCUCUUUGCCUGGAUGUUAUCUCUCCCUUUCUGUGGCCCGCGAGUCCUCAAUCACUUCUUCUGCGACAGCUCCCCUUUGCUGGAGCUGGUGUGUGCAGACACCAGGCUUCUGCAGCUGGUGGCCUUCCUGGUGGCUGUGUGCACCCUGCUCAUUGCUACAUUGAUCACAGCCUUGUCUUAUGGCUGCAUCAUCAGCACCAUCCUGCGCCUGCCUGCAGCUGGGGGUCGCAGCAAGGCCUUCUCCACCUGUUCUUCCCACAUCCUGGUGGUGUCGAUGAGCUAUGGGAGCUGCAUCAUCAUGUACCUGAACCCCACCCAGACAGGGAGGCUGGACCUCAACAAAGGAAUAGCUUUCUUCAACACGACAGUGUCACCCCUGCUGAACCCUUUCAUCUACUGCCUCAGGAACCAACUGGUCCACACAGUGUGCAGGGAUUUGCUGCUCAGGAGUAGGGAGCUUUCUUCCAAGAUAUUCAGAGCAUAA